AAUUUGACAACGCUGUCCCUUUUCCCGUCCUGUUAUCCCUACAGGCGUUUCUUUCAUCCACUUCGACCGAGCCAAGUCGAGUAAAGGUCCAUUCUAUCCAAGAUGGGCAUCUCUCGUGACCAUCAACACAAACGCCGGGCCACUGGUGGAAAACGGAAGCCCAUCCGCAAGAAGAGGAAGUUCGAGUUGGGCCGCCCCCCAGCAAACACUAAGCUUGGGGCUCGCCGUAUUCAUACCGUUCGCGUUCGUGGUGGAAACAAGAAGUACCGUGCCCUUCGUUUGGACCAAGGCAACUUCUCCUGGGGAUCUGAAGGUGUCUCUCGCAAGGCCCGCAUCAUCGACGUUGUUUACAAUGCUUCCAAUAACGAAUUGGUUCGCACCAAGACUCUAGUGAAGAACGCCAUCAUUGUCGUCGAUGCCACCCCUUUCAGACAGUGGUAUGAAGGCCACUACGCUAUUCCCCUUGGCCGCAAGAAGGGAGCUAAGCUGACUGAAGCUGAAGAAGCGGUAUUGAACAAGAAGAAGUCCAAGAAAUCCGAGAAGAAAUACAAGACCCGCCAGCGUCUCGCCAAGAUCGAGACCGCUUUGGAAGAACAGUUCCUGACUGGUCGUCUUCUAGUGGCAAUUUCCAGCCGGCCCGGUCAAUGUGGUAGGGCUGAUGGUUACAUCCUUGAGGGACGAGAAUUGGAAUUCUACCUCAGGAAAAUGAAGACCAAGAAAGGAAAAUAAUUCACUCGCCGCUUUCGUACUUCUGACUUGUGCUUUUCAUCUGCCACAUAACGUUGACAAGAAAUACAAGUGUGCUGGCGAUAA